AGCCCACGGGACAGCACUGUACUCCCAGCCCGGCUCUGGAGCAAGUCCCGGAAGCUAUGGAGGUGCUGGUCCUGGCCGGAUACCGCGCGCAGAAAGAGGACGAACUGAGUCUGGCGCCUGGGGACGUGGUCCGGCAGGUGUCUGAGGGGCCCUCACGGGGCUGGCUGCGCGGAGAGCUGGGGGGUCGUUGUGGUCUCUUUCCCGAGCGCUUGGUGCAGGCGAUCCCGGAGUAUCUGCGCGCCGCGGGGGAGGCGCCGAGCCCGCGCUGUGCACGCCGCCGAGGUCGCCCUGCCAAAUCUCGGGGCCCCCAAAGAUGGUGCAAGGUGAACUUCAACUACAUCCCAGAGCAGGCAGACGAGCUGAAGCUGCAAGCUGGGGAGACUGUGGAAGUGAUAAAGGAGAUUGAGGACGGCUGGUGGCUGGGGAAGAAGAACGGGCAGCUGGGAGCCUUCCCAUCCAACUUUGUGGAGUUGCUGGACAGUGGGCCCCCAAGCCUCGGGAACCCAGACAUGCCUUCAGUCAGCCCUGGUACCCAGCGGCCUCCCAAGCUGAGCAGUCUGACCUAUGACAGCCCUCCAGACUACCUGCGGACAGUCUCCCGCCCUGAGAUCUACAGGGUCCUAUUCGAUUACCAGCCUGAGGCCCCAGAUGAGUUGGCGCUGCGGAGGGGGGACGAGGUGAAAGUACUGAGGAAGACCACAGAGGAUAAGGGCUGGUGGGAAGGAGAGUCUCAAGGCCGAAGAGGAGUUUUCCCUGACAACUUUGUGCUCCCCCCACCCCCAGUUAAGAAGCUGACUCCACGGAAAAUGGUGUCUCGGGAAUCAGCUCCUAUAAAGGAACCAAAAAAGGUGACGCCCAAAUCAGCCCUCCCUACAGUCAGGAAGCUGGUGACAGCCCCCCCUGGGCCCAGCAAAGCCAAGCCUUCUUGGACACCCAGUGGAGACAGUCAGAAGCGUCCCUCCCGAGACUUGGGCUCCGGUGGCAGCUUCCUCAGCGGGGGUUCAGGCCACCCUGGUAGAAAGGGACCAAAAACCCAGGCUUCCCGGCAGCGCUCUGCAACCAGUCAGGAGGAAGAGCAGAGCAGCCUAGCGAAGGCCUCUACUGUGAAUAAAACCCCCACUCUGGACAAGACCCCCAGCCCAGAGAAGACUCUGUCUCCAGAUAAGGCCCCCACUCCAGAGGAAUCCCUGACUCCAGAUAAGGUCCCCAUCUCAGAGGGGUCCCUGACUCUAGAGUUCAAGGCCCCAGCCCUAGGGAACCCCACCCCACAGGAGGGCCUGACUCUAGACAAGGCCCCCAGCCCAGACAGCCUCAUUUCUGUGGAUGUGGCCCCUGCCCCAGAAGUCCCACCGGAGGAUGAACUCCUUGGCCCAAAGAUGGUCCCCCCUGGGGAUGAGGUGUCCACCUUGGAAAAGGUCUUGACUCCUGAGCAGGUGCUCUCUGAAGAGGCCUCCACUAGAGACAACAUUCAAUUCCACCACUUCUCUCCGGAGCAAGCUCUGCCGAAGCUCACGUCUCCUGUGGCCAAUGAGGCUCGAUGCCAAGAGGUCCACAUGCCAGAGAAGGCUGAUCUCUGCAUGAUGACACACCCUCUUGAUCAGAGCAACAGCUCCCCAUUCCAGUCUAAGUCCAAGCCAGGGUCCAUGCCUGCCCUUGAGAAGGCUACAACCCUCCUCCAGGAGGCACCUGGGAAGCAUGAGGGUACCCCGGAAGAGGCAGCACUCCCCAAAGAGGAGGUGGUCCCCAAAGAGGUAGACCCUGCUCUAAAGAAUCCUCAUUCUAUCAAGUCGACUCCAGACCCCCAAGAGACUCCCACCCCACUUUCCCUGGUUCCGCAAAAUCUCACGGACAGCAAAAGUGACAGAGGCGAUAUAAUGAGGCUACAGGACGAGAUGGAAUCUUUAAGGAGGUCGCUGGAGCGGAUGGGGGUGCAGCUGGAGAGGAAGCUGACGGACAUCUGGGAGGAGCUGAAGAACGAGAAGGAGAAGCGCCGGCUGCUGGAGGUGCAGAUGAAGCAGGGGACUCGGGAGUCCCGGACCCUGGGCUCCAUCCACGCGCAGACGCAGACGCACUGAGGGUGGGCCCGGCAGGGACCGCGGCGGGACCUGGGAGCAAGUCAGGCUCCGGCCACCCACGUCCUUGCACACGACUUUGAGAAACGCAAGAAAGUAAACCGCAGUGUACCCGCUC